UACCUGUCAACGGAAGCGUUCUUUAGACUAUUUGCACACCAUCGCCGAUUUUGCUGCCAUUGUGUUUUUUUCUUGAAAGUGAUUGCCGCCCUGCUGGCUUCACCUCAACAUGGCCAUGCACCUCCCCUCUAUGGGCGGCAGCGGAGGAGCCCAUACUCAGCCUUCGUUGCCAUCGCUCCCUGCUCAUCUCCAGUCCGACACACACUUGACCGCACAUCUGGCCAGCCGCUUCCAUGUGUCCAUUCCCACCGCUAGACUUUCCUCACAUGCUCUCAUUUCUCUUAAUACGUAUACGUCUUCGACUAAGGGCCUCGAUGGAGGCAAGGAAGGGAGUGCCAUGGCCGGGGCCGAGGAUAUAGCCGACCGAGCUUUCCUCAGGAUGGGCCAUCGAUCUGAGAAUCAGACAGUUCUUUUUCUGGGCGAAUCGGGCUCUGGAAAAACAACUAUACGAUCCCAUCUCCUCACUGCGCUUCUCAACAAGUCUUCCACUCCCUUAUCAAGCAAGGUUUCGCUAGCUGCCUACGUUUUUGACUCAUUGACGACAACGAAAACCGCAACGACGCCAACUGCCUCCAAAGCUGGCCUAUUCUAUGAGCUUCAAUACGACACAGCAUCCACUACCAGUCCUAUCCUAAUUGGUGGUAAACUUUUGGACCACAGGCUCGAACGAAGUAGGAUUACAGCAGUGCCCACAGGCGAACGAAACUUCCAUGUUCUGUAUUAUCUUUUGGCCGGUACUAGUGAUGCUGAAAAGGCACAUCUCGGCAUCGACACUCCGAGAGAUUCAGCCGGGCAAAAGCGAUGGAAGUACUUGGGUCAUCCGACGCAGCUCAAAGUCGGUGUAAACGAUGCCGAAGGAUUUCAAUUAUUCAAGACUGCCCUUAGAAAGCUUGAGUUUCCUCGAAGCGAGAUUGCCGAAAUAUGUCAGAUAUUGGCAUGUAUCCUUCAUAUUGGGCAGCUCGAAUUUGAAACUUGCGCCAAUACUCAGGCGACGGCUGAUGACAGUGGUGGAUUUUCACAUGAAGGUGCCCAGACUGUGACCGCAGCAAAAAAUAAGGAUGUGCUAGGUAUUAUUGCUGCAUUUCUAGGAGUCAGCGCGCAGGACCUCCAGAAUACCAUGGGCUACAAGACCAAAAUGAUUCAUCGAGAGAGAGUCACGGUCAUGCUAGACCCCCAAGGAGCCCGUGCAAACGCCGAUGAGCUGGCUCGGACUCUUUAUUCUCUGCUGGUUGCAUACGUCAUUGAGAGCAUUAACCAGAAAAUAUGUUCUGCGGAAGAGUCCAUUGCAAACACAAUCGAUAUUAUUGACUUCCCGGGCUUUUCUCAGCAGAGUUCCACUGGCUCAACUCUUGACCAGCUUCUCAAUAACGCUGCUAUGGAAUCGCUUUAUAACCUAACUCUACAGAACUUCUUCGACCGAAAGGCAGAUAUGCUGGAUACAGAAGAAGUCUCAGUUCCUGCUACCAGUUACUUCGACAACUCGGAUGCUGUUAAAGGGCUAUUGAAACCCACAAAUGGGCUGCUUAGCAUUCUGGAUGACCAAACACGUCGUAACCGGACAGAUAUGCAACUGCUGGAGAGUUUAAGAAAACGAUUUGAAGGCAAAAACCCUGCAAUCACUGUGGGCUCCGCGACUGCGAAGCUGCCUGGCAGUAACUUUUUAUCCGAGAAUACAGCAGCAACCUUCACCGUAAGACACUUUGCUGGUGAAGUCGACUAUCCUAUCAAGGGCCUUGUCGAGGAGAACGGUGAGGUCAUUUCCGGUGAUCUUAUGAAUCUAGUGAAUUCCAGCAAGAGUGAAUUCGUUACGCGUCUUUUUGGUCAAGAAGCAUUGCAGGCUGUAAUGCACCCUCACGAGAAAACUACUGUUAUGCAAGCUUCCGUAAGCUCAAAGCCUAUGCGGGCCCCUAGUGUUAUGUCGAGGAAGGGUGGCCGACCUGUGAGACCACGCAAACUGCGCGAAGAGACUUUUGACGACUUGGACAGCGACGCUGGUGAUGCUAGAAGUCACAGCGGCCAAAACAAGAAUUCGCGCCAGUCAGAACAAGGGGCAUCAGGUCAAUUCCUAUCCGCCUUGGAAAACGUCAAGCACGCCAUCACGGCUCCUAACACAAAUAAUUACUUCGUUUUCUGUUUGAAACCCAACGAUAGACGCAUUGCAAACCAAUUUGACAGCAAAUGUGUUCGAUCACAAGUCCAGACUUUUGGCAUUGCUGAAAUUAGUCAACGUUUGAGGUCCGCUGAUUUCAGUAUUUUUCUUCCAUUUGGCGAAUUCCUUGGUCUUGCAGAUGCUGAAACGAUUUUCGUGGGGAGCGAGCGGGAGAAGGCCGAAGCUGUGGUGCAGAAUAGGCAAUGGCCAACCAACGAAGCCCAUAUUGGGUCUACUGGUAUUUUCCUCAGCGAACGUUGCUGGAUAGAGGUAGCAUCAUUGGGCGAUGGCGCCUCUGCUUCUGGUCGAUAUCCAUCCGACCAAGGUGACGGCUCCACGCCGGGUGGUGACUUGCCUUUUGGUGCUUCAAAGGAGCGGCUUGUCUCAAUCGGUAACACUCCCCAAUACAGCGAUAAAGCCCGCGGGGGCUACUUCGGUAGUGGUGAUAUUGAUACGCGCUCUGAGGCUGGCGUAUCUGCUUUUGGUGGCGGUGACAUGUUCAAGAAUCUCGACACCCGCGAACAAAUGGCAGAACGUGGUAAUGAAAAGUCCCUAGUCGAAGUCGAAGAAUACAGGGACAAACCCAGUCGCAAACGCUGGGUUUUCAUUGUUUACAUGCUUACUUGGUUCGUGCCUGACUUUCUGAUACGCUGGGUCGGACGAAUGCCCCGUAAAGACGUGCGCAUGGCAUGGCGGGAGAAAUUAGCAAUCAACAUCAUCAUUUGGUUCAGUUGUCUCUUUGCCAUUUUCUUUAUCGUGGUCUUCCCGAUGCUCAUCUGCCCUAAACAAUACGUGUUUAGUGCAGCGGAGCUAUCGCACUUUGACGGCAAAAAUGGCCAUAAAGCUUAUGCCUCGAUUCGCGGACAAGUUUUCGACAUCUCAGCAUAUGCUUCGCAUCAUUACCCACCCUACAUCCAAACUACUAAACUCACCAACUAUGGUGGUCAGGACAUUACAUCUUUGUUCCCUGUUCAAGUCUCCGCUCUCUGUCAGGGUAAAAACGGCAAGGUUGAUCCCUCAGUGACGCUUGACUACAAGUCAGCCAAUGUUAGCGGUACAGCGAGUGCGAUCAGCUCCAAGGACAUAAAUGCCAACUACCAUGACUACCGGUACUACACCUCUAAGUACCAGCCUGACUGGUUUUAUGAGAGGAUGCAAAUUCUUAAGGGUAACUGGAAGAAAGGCACUAUAGGGUACACAGCACAAUAUGUUAAAACACUUGCGAACAAACAAAAUCAGAUCGCUAUACUGAACGGUCGCGUCUACGACUUGACUAACUAUAUGCUCGGUGGUCGCCCUAUCAUGACGCCUAAAAAUGUGGACAAACCCACAGAUCCCGAAGUGGCCAACUUUAUGGCAGACGAUGUCCUCACGCUUUUCAACGACAAGGCAGGCACCGACUUGACUGAGCUUUGGAAUUCGUCACCUAUGUCUGAUGACUUGCGUUCCCGUAUGCAGCUGUGUCUGGACAACCUUUUCUAUGUUGGUGAUGUCGAUACCCGAAACUCUACCAAAUGCCAGUUCGCGCAAUACCUUAUCCUAGCUGUUUCCAUCAUCCUUAUUAGCAUCAUUGGCUUCAAGUUCCUUGCUGCACUUCAGUUCGGGAGCAAAAAUAUGCCAGAGGAUAUUGAUAAGUUUAUCAUGUGCCAAAUUCCAGCUUAUACUGAAGACGAGGAGUCACUUCGCCGAGCAAUUGAUUCUGCCGCUCGUAUGCGAUAUGAUGACAAGCGCAAACUCUUGGUGAUUAUUUGUGAUGGAAUGAUUAUCGGUCAAGGAAAUGAUCGCCCAACGCCUCGCAUUGUACUGGAUAUUCUCGGUGUAUCAGAAACGGUUGAUCCUGAACCGCUCAGCUUUGAGUCGCUCGGUGAGGGUCUAAAGCAACACAACAUGGGCAAAGUCUAUUCUGGUCUUUACGAAGUUCAAGGUCACAUUGUUCCCUUCAUGGUUGUCGUCAAGGUUGGCAAACCUUCAGAAGUGUCGCGUCCUGGUAACCGUGGCAAACGUGAUUCGCAAAUGGUCAUCAUGCGUUUCCUCAACCGCGUUCACUACAAUCUGCCCAUGAGCCCGCUUGAAUUGGAAAUGUACCACCAAAUUCGAAAUGUUAUCGGUGUCAAUCCAACCUUCUACGAGUACAUGUUGCAAAUCGACGCUGACACUGUCGUCGCCCCUGAUUCCGCUACUCGCAUGGUUUCGGCGUUCCUCGACGAUACUCGUCUGAUUGCCUGCUGUGGUGAAACCGCGCUCACAAACUCUAAAGCUUCGUUUAUCACCAUGAUCCAGGUUUAUGAGUACUAUAUUUCUCAUAACCUGGCUAAAGCUUUCGAAAGUCUGUUCGGUAGCGUGACCUGUCUUCCGGGUUGUUUCUCCAUGUACCGCAUUCGUGCUGCCGAGUCUGGGAAACCUUUGUUUGUUAGCCGCGAGAUUAUCGACGAUUAUGCCACAAUUCGCGUGGAUACGUUGCAUAUGAAGAACCUACUACACCUAGGUGAGGAUCGAUACCUGACAACUCUUCUCCUCAAGUACCAUUCAAAGUAUAAGACAAAGUACAUCUUCUCGGCCAAGGCUUGGACUAUUGCGCCAGAUACCUGGCAGGUCUUUUUGUCUCAGCGUCGUCGUUGGAUCAAUUCGACGGUACACAAUCUUAUGGAGCUUGUUCCCAUGUCGCAACUUUGUGGAUUUUGCUGCUUCAGUAUGCGCUUCGUUGUGUUCAUUGAUCUCCUAUCGACAGUCGUGCAGCCAGUAACGCUCGCCUACAUCGUCUAUCUCCUUGUCCUUGUUGGCACUGCAAGUACCAUCGUUCCGCUCACAUCCUUCAUCUUGCUGGGUGCCAUCUACGGGUUGCAAGCUGUUAUUUUCAUCUUACGUAGAAGGUGGGAGAUGGUUGGCUGGCUCAUUCUUUACGUCCUCGCUGUCCCCGUCUUCACCUUCGGGUUGCCACUGUAUGCCUUUUGGCACAUGGAUGACUUCAAUUGGGGUAAUACCCGUGUCGUGGCCGGUGAGAAAGGCAAGAAGGUUGUUAUCUCUGAUGAGGGCAAAUUUGACCCUGCCUCGAUUCCUCGGAAGAGGUGGGAGGAGUAUCAGGCCGAGCUGUGGGAUGCGCAAACCUCCAAGGAAGAUACUCGUUCCGAGGUUAGCGGUUUUAGUUAUGCGACAAAACCAGGCAUGAAUGUUGCCGUAUCUGAGUACCAUUAUGGGCAGUCUCGAGCCAACUCCACUGUGGGAAUGCCGCCAUACGACAUCAAAAAUGCGGGCAAUUUCAGCCGCAUGUCAUUCGCUCCGACGGACAACCGAAUGAGCCAAUUUGGGGGCUCACAAUUCUUCGGUAACCAUGGCGAGACUGAGAUGGUGGAUAUGGCAUCUAUGCCUAGCGAUGAUGCGCUCCUGGCCGAAAUUCGGGAGAUUCUACGCACGGCUGAUCUUAUGACAGUCACGAAGAAAGGCAUCAAGCAAGAAUUGGAAAGACGGUUUAAUGUUCCGCUUGAAUCCAGGCGGGCGUACAUAAAUAGCGGUGUGUAUAGCAACCGAAGCGCUGCUCUCCGGACAGCUUUAGAUAUGAUUUUGAAAGCGGGUCUAGUCGUGUUGCUCCCCUUAUACGUCGAGCAUCGUUUUGGCCAACCACACAUUGUCUGGUCAUAGAUACGUAUCUUUGUGACAUAUUUAUGAGGCUGCUGGCACAUUUGGAAAGCAUUUGGCAGGAGGUGUUACAUUUAAAGGGGUAUUAGGUUUUGAAUUUCUCCUUUUCGUGUUGAAUUACAGUAUAUUAGGCACUGAGACUACAUGCAUAUAAUAAUUGGGUAAAAUUGGUAUAUGGUAUUUUCAAGUCACCCCUUCAGAGCUGGCCGUGGCAACUUGUGUAUGAGUGCACAAGCUCGUUCUGUCUGCUGUGAUGUUUACCAAAUACGUCUGUUUAUUUUUUGCUUCAUCUUAUGAGUUUUAUUCCUCGCGGCGGAUGGAAAGAUGUUUGCACAACGCCUACGUCAUUGCUGCUAACACAACACACCUAGGUAGCGAAUAACAUCAUGUAAAGAAUACAGCAUUAUCUAGGCUAGUCCUGGAGAGUGGAGCCUGAUUUUAUCGUGGGAAGCUGAGGCCUGGGGGUUUUCUGUUGUUUCUCUCUCUCUUUGUCGUCUUGCUUGGUCUCUCGCGACUUGCCAUCAACAUUCUUGGAUACCUAUCUUAGCCCAUCCUAAGCUACCUACCUCGAGUUUUAGGGCAGCAUUUGUACUAGGUAUGUACGUAGUGUAAGUAAACAGAACAGGUAGGGAGACAUACUCGGUAUAUACCUGCCUACUUGGGUCUAAGCAAUGGAUACUACUGUAGAUAGACGUAAACACUUACUUAUAAACCCCCCUGUUUCAAAAUGCC